GUGGAACGCAAGUGCUUUGAGGUGGCUGCAGAGGGCGAGUCCUCUGAUCACUAGAUCUCGACUCAACUGGCGGAGUCUUGGGCUUCAUCGACUCGAGCCAACAUACACCUCGUCUCAUCAUCGCUGCCUGUUACCUGGAAAACACAACAGUUCAUUUUUGGGGUCCGAUGGAGAUGUCCUACGGCAUCAUCAAAUCACCUACAUUGCCCAGAAAGCAUUCAAAUUUCAUGAGGGAGCAGAAGAAACCACUGUUGAGGCUAGACAGAAUAAGAGAUGUCGUCAGCCUCUGGUUGAGUUAUCCUAUGAGAACAGUGCAUGAUAGCAAACUUGAGACUUGGAUUCAUCGACUUUCAAACGCUCAUGAUUCAGUAGCAGAAAAAUACAGUCUAAUCCAGAAGGACCCGCUUCAUUAUUUGGAAGGACUUGUACCAAUAGAAAUGAUGAUGGAGAAUGAGACAAAAGCGGGUGGUAGUUCCAUGUUUGAUCAUAAUAAGAUACCAGAUGCUAUUCUCAAUUUAGCUGCUGAUCUUGCUAUAAAUCAAUUGGUUCAAAUCUUACUUUCUGGGGAUGAUCAUGCACUCAACAUUCACCGUGUCAUGUUUUGUACCAGAAAUAAUCCUGAACGAAGAGAAGUUUUAAGAAAAAUGAAAGUAGUCCUAAAGGAUAUGGAGAAAAUGCCUCGUUUUAAUGAAGUCUUUCAUGGAGUCUUGUGGGUUGAUGUGUCAUUGCAUAAAAGCCAAGAACAAAAAGUAGAGGUCCUUGUUGGACGACAUAUAUGCCAACAGCUUCAGCUUCUGAAGUCCAGGGAGACUACUCUCCCAAGUAUGAUCUACGAAAAAUAUGUGGUGAUUUUGUUGGAUGGGGAUGGUCAGAAGGCUAUAGAUCUGCAGAAAGUGAGUUUGCCUGCAGGCAUGUGUAUGCCAGUUAUGGUGCUGGUCACAACUGAAUUUCAAAAGCAGGCAAAUGAUGAAAAACCAGGUGCAAUGGAUCUGACAAUCAGAACAAAGGAUCAUUUGCUGCCAUGGAAGGUCUUCUGUCAAAAUGUAUGCAAUAAGCUAGUUUUUUCAUCCAGUGCCAUCCAGAAAAUUGCAGUGCGUAUAGUUCAAGAAUGUGGUGGCCAUCUUUUGGCCACUGUCCUUGUGGCAAAGUCGUUGAAGAAAGAGGAAGAUGUCAAGCUUUGGGAACUUGCACUCCGCAAAUUGCGUUCCCUUAAUCCUGGUAUAUGUAUUCAGGGGGUAAGCAAAGUUAUGGUUACUACAUUCAUAAACUUCAUCUGGAAUGAUAUGAAUCAAAUGCUAAAGCAUUGCCUGAUGAGUUGCUUGUUCAUCCCAGAUAUCAAAACUGGGAAGUUCUCAGAUGAAUUGAUUCAUCAUUGGAUUUCUUAUCAGUUAACGGAUGAUCAAGAAGCUAUACGUAACUUGAGAGAGCUUGUCGAACGCUCUAUCUUAAUCCAAGAUCAUACGAAUAUGGAUGUCCAAUUGCCGGAGGAAACACAUGCUAUUUUGCACUUGUUGAACAACCUAAACCCUUUGUUCAUGAAAAAAUCAGGGUUGGGGUUGAUUGAGCCGCAAAGGAUAAGCUAUGGCAUAGUGUUGUACAUAUGGAGCUUGCAAACAAUAAACUAUCUGAGCUACCUUUGUCACCAAACAGCCCUGAACUCAAAGUGUUAUUGUUGCAAGGAAAUGCUGAUUUAACAAGAAUGCCAGAUAUGUUUUUCUUUAAAAUACCCUUACUUUGCAUCUUGGACUUAUCUUACACUAGUGUACGAGAACUACCAGACUCUCUAUUUGAGUUGGAGCAGCUCAUUGAACUAUAUAUGAAAGGUUGUGAAUGCUUCAUGAAAUUAUCACCAAAGAUUGGGAAAUUGAAGAAACUUGAGAAGCUUGAUCUUGAUGGAACUCAAAUCACCCAUAUGCCAAAAGAGAUGCAAGAGUUGACGAAUCUUCGAAGCCUGUUCAUUUGUUUCUAUGAGUAUCGUGGCAAGAAAAACAAGCAAUAUACACAAUCAACAAUUAUUCCAUCCGAGGUAAUCUCAAAACUUAAGGGGUUGAAACAUUUAAGUAUUGAUGUAAACCCUGAUGAUGAGCGGUGGUAUGAGAAUGUACAAGAUAUUCUUCCAGAAAUAUUGGGAUUAGAGCAUUUGCUGACUCUUAGCUUAUAUAUCCCACAUCUGGAACUUUUGAAGUUCAUAACUGACCGUGUCUAUGAGGUUGAUUUUAGAUUUAUUGUUGGUAGGCAUGUGCAAAGGAUCAUAUCAAGCACACCAUCCACAUGUGAGGCAAAAUUUAAACAGAGUGGCUGUAGCUUGAAGUUUGUGAAUGGUGGUGAUGUUCCUUAUGAAAUUAAAGGGCUUGUUAGGCACAGCAAGGCCUUAUUUCUGGAGAGACAUAAGACAAUCCAGAAUCUAUCGGAAUUUACGAUGAUGAAUUUAGAACAGUUGCGUGUAUGUAUGUUGGCAGAAUGCAGAGAAAUGCAAACAGUUGUUGAUGGAAGACAACCGAAUAAUGGUAAUCAUACUCUCUCACAUUUGCUAUACUUACGCAUAUCGUACAUGAAGAGUUUAAGAAGCAUAUGGGAAGGGCCAACGCCACCUCGCUGCUUUUUGGGUAUGCUGAAGUCUUUAGUACUGCAAAAUUGCCCUGAGUUAAAAGUUGUCUUCACCAUGGACUUUUUGCGAAAUCUUUCACUUUUAAAGGAGGUUAUAGUUAAGGAUUGUCCCAAAGUAACCACCUUGAUAAGUGAUGGAUCAUUUAGAUAUACAGGACAGAUUUUCCUCCCUAAACUGAGCAAGAUAAUGCUUCUCCAUCUUCCUGAGUUGCUCACCAUUUCCAAUGGAUGUUACAUAGGUCUAAAUUUGGAAAAAAUGGCAAUUUAUGAUUGCCCAAAGCUCCAAAGCCUUUCUAAGAUGGAACUGUCGAGCCAAAAUCUGAAGCUCAUUAAGGGAGAAACCAAGUGGUGGGACGCACUGCAAUGGAGCAAAGAAGAAUGGGGAAUAUCAUACCAGCCAUCCAAGUUUGAUUGCAUCUUUUCCUCAAUUGAUAAUCAGGUUGACAUAACUACUCAAUUUGGGACAGAUGAUGAUGACAUUGAUGAUGAUGCAGCACAUAAGACGCCGUUACAACCUUCACAUGCGGACACAAAGAAAGAUGCCGAUAGAAUGAGCAGAAUGACUUUUUCAGUGUCUAAAAGAAUAUAUGAAGGUCAAGAUACUUUAUAUGAUGGGUACAAUUGGAGGAAACAGAAAGCAUCGGUUGGAUCCAAAAAUCCAAGAUAUUACAAAUGUGUUCAGGGGGUUGCUCUGCCAGAAAGCAACUGCAGCAAUCUACAGAAGACCCGACUACUGUUGGAAUCACUUAUGAGGGAAGACACACUUGCCCACAAGCCUCUCGCGUAACAGAUUCC